AUGGUGCUACAUUCCUCAAGGAACUCGAAGCAGAAGCUAAGUUUUAUCAGCUGCAAGGGAUAUUGGACGAACUGCAACGUACAGCACCGGCCGAAAGAGUUUGUGGAGUCGGUGAUACUGACAAACGAAGGGCACCGAAGAGUCUUGAAAACUUGGUUGCCUAUAAAAAGCGAAUGGCGUUUGCUAUUCCGAGCUUCACGAGAUGGCUUUGCUGCUUUAGCGUUUCAUUUUAAAUGCGACAACAAAGGACCUACGAUCACUGUUGUAAAAAGUGGUAGAAACAUUUUUGGAGGCUUUACUGAGAAGGCUUGGACAAGUAAGAUAAAUUGAUAUGAUUAUAAAUACAAAUUAGCUUUAUCGAGUAACUCACUCCUGAAGAAUGAUUGAGAACUUUAGUUCAAAUUUUAUACAUUUCGUAUAGCCUGUGUGACAGGCAUUUGAAAACCAAUGGAAAGUGGCGCAAGAAUAUAUGAAGGGUGCAUUAAUUUCCCCAAUUCCCUUAGCCCUACCUUCAAACGCGGCUAGCCGGCUUUCACCCUGGCUAUACACCCGCCUGUCACGCUGGCUACACUCGUGUCCUAUAACUUUUAUGAUCGUCGUUUUAUGAUUCAUUUGUCUAUUCAUUAAUCACCCUUGUUAAUUUCCUUUCUAAUUUUUAAAUUAUUUUUUCCUCUUUAUUCUGAAGGCUUACACACUGCCUAUAACUAAUAAACACCAGUGUGUAGGAUUAAGGAUAAAGGUAACUUCUUUACAGGUUGCUUUAACUUAUUUCUACGUUUCUCAGGGGAAAACGUUUUGGUAGAAUUAAAAACAAUAGUGUUGAUGGCCUCAGGCCGAAAUUUCGUAUAAUUUCUAUGCAAAGGAGCAGGUGUGGUUAGUUAUCUGGUGGGCAACCGAGCUUAUAUAGGUUCAGGAUCAAAGACGUGAAAUGGAGCAGAAAAUGUUCCCCGGAAAGGUUUAGAUUUAAAGAACUUUGAAUUAUAAAUGUGAAAAUGAGUGUAUAACACAUGUAGUGGCUGAAUAUAUAUGUCAGGUGUAAUCACUGUUAUUCACAGGUCGUGUUGAAUGGGUUCCAUGUCUCCAUGCCUUCCUGUUCAGCCUUGUAAACCCAAGUGGCCUGGGACCGACCAAACUGUCGCUCAUCACUGGGAAUGGAGGGAAUGGCAUGUAUUGUCAUAGCGACUGUGGACCAGUGUUUGGGACUGGUGGGUUUGGUCUUUGGUAUGACCUAUGUAUAUCAGAUAAUGCAAACACAAGUCCUAGUAACAGCGUUCUCGGCAACACUUACGAGCUCCCACCAGGACAACAGAGAACGUUCAUCACAGGUGCCCAAAAUUUCACUGUCACAGAUUACGAGGUGUUUGGACUCCGCCAGUGAUAACUACCAAGCAAGUGAAACAAACUCUUCUAGUACAGCUAAAAUACUCCAUGAUUUUUCCAAACGUUAUAACAUAAAGGUAUUUAAUGCCUCAUUAGGGGUGCUAGGUAUUCAGGAGCAA